CGAAAAAAGCACGCAGUAUCGAUUUCAUGGAAGGCAGAGGCGGAGUAGUAGGUGAAAUACGGCGACUUAACAUCAUCUACUUCCUAUGUAGUCUUGGCCGCAUUGAUCAUCCCCAUCUCAUUCGUGUCCAUCAUCUUAACCGAAACGGCGUUUUUCUGCGAGACAUCAAGAGGUGGCUUGCGGAUUUACGAGGGAAGGAUAUGCCAGAGACCUUCACUUGGUCUUACAAGAGGAGGUACAAGAAGGGUUAUGUUUGGCAAGACUUGUUAGAUGACGACCUCAUCACCCCUAUCUCUGACAAUGAAUAUGUCCUCAAAGGCUCCCAAAUUCUCUCUUAUUCCUCUUUUGCUCCUCCGCAUUCAUAUUUAUAUGCUGCUGAAAAGAAGAGGUGCUUGCUCAAAGAGCUGCAGCCACCUAAUUCUGAAGAAGCGCCCUUUCAAAUGCACCAUAUUACAAAAACUUCCUUUGAAUCGGACCAGCAAGAAUCACCACCUCAUAAUUCCGGCUCAUCUUUGAUCGAUGCUGAUGCAGUGAACAUCCGAGGAGAUCAGAAAUGCUCGUCGUCGUCCUCAACCAUCAAAGCCAACAGUACAAAUCACGAACAGAGCAAGGACAAGUCAUCAAUAGAAAACUCUUGUUUCUAUUCCCAUUUGUUAUUGAAGAAGAAGAAGAAGUCGUCCAGCGACAAAGACAAAGACAGCAAAGAGAUGGGUUGUAGUAGUACUACUUCAUCAUCUUCUUCUUCUCCACAUAAUUCAUCACCUCUAUCUCAAUCGGUGCCCUUGGAAAAGAGUACUAAAAAACAACAUUUAAGCAUGUUCCGCAAUUUGAUCAACUGUGGUGCUGUGGACACGAACGACACCGUAUUCGUCAGGUUGAAUCGGGACAGUAAGACAUAUUCCACUAACAAUAAGCCUCUUAAUCGCAGCAGGCAAGACAUUAUUAUUCGAAAAGAAAAGAGGGAGAAAGCAGGUACUGUAGGGUAUGCCGGACUUUUUAGGACAUGUAUGAAUCAGCAGGAGCGGCCACAGCAACCCCAAAACCAUACUACUACUGCUAGCAAAAGCGAUGAUAGGAACCAAAAAACAGCUUCUUCUACUUACAGGCCAAUCCGAGGGCCACAUUGCUCGCAUUGCAGGAAGCAGUUUAAGCCAGAGAAAUUGCACUCGCACAUGAAAUCCUGCAAAGGAAUAAAAGCUCUGUCAAAAACUGCUCCGGAUUCUGUGGUCAAGAUGCCAUGAAAUUGGAAAAAGGAGAGUAAUCAGGUUCGUGCUAUUUCGUGGCCAGCCGGAUUGCGCCUUUCAAGACUAAUUGCUAUAUGAUUUUGUCAGGGACUUAGAGGAAAGGAAAGCUCUUAUAUUUUUUUUCCCGGGGGGGGGUUGCAAAAAUUGCAAAUCACACCCCAUUUUAUUUUAUUAAUAAUAUUUCAUCCUAA